AUGUACUUGAAUGUAUUAAAAAUUAUUAAAAAUACCUCUUCAAGGUUCUUUUCAACUUUAAACAGUUAUAAAACCAUAAAAUUAACCAAUAAUCCAAAGUUUCCUUUUCUUACUAAAACUCCUACAAUCAUCAAUAAUUCUGGAUUUUAUAAUAUUCUCCUCGACAACAGGAUUCUACUAACACCGCUAGGAAAUACUUUAUACACCAGUAAUUUAGAGGUCGCAAAUUUGAUUAUUGAAGAGUUCAAGACCAAUUUGAACAAAUUAACUAAUUUUAACGACCUUCCAUACACCAUGCUACUUUCAAAAUCCAUUGAUUUAUCUCUGGAUGACAAGAUAAAUCAUUUAAAAACAUUAAAAGAGUCAAUAAACAGUGAUUCGGUUCUUUUCUUCGAGAAAGUUGAUUUUUGUCCAGACGAACUCAGUUGUAUUUCUGAUAUCGAUUCUCUUUCAGACUCUAGUCUUGAAAAUCUCAGAAAAUUUGACCUUGAAAUGGUUCAAAGUUUUUUCUUUCCUGGGGUUUUAAGAUCCUUUUCAAAACUUUUAAAUGUACCUUCACUCGUUACUAGUUCUUCUGUUUCUAAAAUUCCACGUCAACACCCAGAUACAGUUUCUGUUUUCGAAUCUUAUAUUGACAGCUUGAACACAUUUAGACUAAUUUCUACAUUGAAAGUACUUUGUAAUUUAAAAUCUAUAAUUUUGUCACUUCUUUACCUAAAUGGUCUGAUCACGACUACUCGUUGUCUUAGGUUGAGCAGGAUUGAGGAGACUGUUCAGUGUUCUCACUGGGGUUUGACUGACUCUUUCGGUUUAGAGGAGCGCAGGAUUAUUUCCGAACUCGAAAAAUGCUCCAACUUCUACAAACUCAAUCCUUAA